AAAAAAGUAGUGAGCAAGAUACCUAGAUGGAAGGGGUACCUACAACAUACAACACCUAUAUAUACACACAAACACACAUACAUACAUUCACAAAUGCUUUCAAAUAAAGAAAAGAAGAUACCAAAACCUUCCUUACCAAUAAGAACCAGGAACAACCUCAACUUAAUUCCAUGUCUUGGGGGAAGCCACUCAACCCUAGAAUUACCACCACCACCACCACCACCACCCUGAUCCACAACAUAAAACUGCCCGUAAUACCCCGAAAACACUUUUGCCCUAUAUAUGUUGUCGCUCUUCGGGUUAGCCCUCAAUGACAAGAAAAUUAACCCAAGGAUCAGCCACGCACCCUUUGGUUUGGUUUGCAGCCAUAAUCUGCACCAUUGUAGCCAUAGCUAUGAUCAUUGUGAGCAUCGUGGUGUUUUCCGGCUACAUGAUCGUCCAUCCGAGGGUGCCUUUCAUCACCGUCACCUCUGGUCAUCUCGACAACUUUCAAAACACCGAGGCUGGUCUUCUUGAAACGGAGAUCACCAUUGUUGUAAGGGCAGAGAACGACAACACCAAAGCGCAUGCAAGCUUUUCGGAUACAAGCUUCAUGCUGAGCUUCCAAGGGCUGAACGUUGCGAGGCUGGUGGCGUAUCCGUUCGAAGUCAAUAAAAAUAGCUCGGUUGAUUUCCAUUACUUGGUGCAAUCAUCGUCAAUUCCGCUGAGUCCGGAGCUGAUGGAUCAAGUGGACAUUUCGUUGAAGCGGGACAGAAUUGUUUUUAACUUGAAGGGGAAUUUGAGGGCAAGGUGGAGAGUAGGGUUGCUUGGUUCAGUUAAGUUCUGGGGUCAUUUGAAUUGUCAGCUCAAGUUUCAUCCUUCAAAUGGAACUUACAUACGCUCACCUUGCAGCUCAAGGGCAAAAUAGUCAAAACAUAGAUCUAUUGUCAUCUUUCAAUUUUUACGUACGCAAAUUGAGUUCUUCUCCUUUCCUCCAUUAAAAUAAUAGGCUUCAUUUCAAUUUUCAGGAUUAGAAAUAUUGAAAAACAAUUAAUCGGUGAUGUA